AUUCUCACUGCGCAUGCGCGGCUCAGGGGGCACGCAGCGCGGCGAUCGCUGGUCAGCUGUGUCCCUUGGACAUAGCGGAUCACGGAAAGAGCCGAAGAUGUUGGCUCGGUCAUGUGAUCAGCUGUGUCCAAUCACAGCUGAUCACAUGACACUGAUGAUCAGUGUGGCCCCAGAAGUGCCACCUGUCAGUGCUCAUCAGUGCCCAUCAGUGCCACGUGCCAGUGCCCAUCAUUGCCACAUCAAUGCCACAUAUCAGUACAUACCAGUGCACAUCAAUGCCACAUAUCAGUGCCCAUCUGAGCUGCCUUUCAAUGUCACCCAUCAGUGCCACCUAUCAGUGCUGCCAAUCAGUGCCACCUAUCAGUGCCAGUCAGUGUCGCCUAUCAGUGCCAGUCAGUGCCGCCUAUCAGUGCCAGUCAGUGCCGCCUAUCGGUUCCACUCAGUGCCGCCUAACAGUGCCAGUCAGUGCCACCUAUCAGUG